AUGGCGGAGUCCCGGGCACCAGGAAGCCGCUGCGUGGGCGACGUCCUCUUCGUGUGGCUAAGCGCCUCAGCGCACCUCAGCGUGUCGCCGCCGCGGGGCCUCGGCGGCCGCGUGCGUUGCACCCUAGGCAGCAAGCGGGAAACGGCGUCAGAGAUGGCGAAGGACGUGCAGCUCAACUUGCAAGCUCAAUGGAGGCAAGAACAUGUCAUGACAGGCCGGGUGUCCUUCACGCUCAGCGGGCAGGAAAGCUACGAGCUUCAGAUCGAGGAGCGCUACAACUAUGUUCCUUCGGCUGUGGCAGCAUGUAUUCCGCCAGGGAGCCAGGUCGGCAAGAACCUUCUUCGGAAGGUGAGGUUGGAGAAUCGCCGUGUCGAUGUGCAUCCUUCACAUGACGAGGUGCAUUGGACGCUCACAAGCAAAGUGUGCAGACAAGGUUUGCCCACGGGCUCCAAACAUGGAAUGGGAGUUGUUCGCAUCUCCACCGCUUUGCUGGAGGCCAUGCUUUCUGAAAGGUCCACGGUGCUGACAAACUUCUUGGCGCAGUCAAGUAAUGUGGUUGCCGACGCGCAGCUGAGUUAUUCCUCGCACUUGCGUGGUGCGUCGUUGGCUGUGGUGGGGGAUGGCAGCCGCUCCCUGCAGUUGUCAAUGGCGUCGGGCUCGCUGAACGCGUCCUGUUCCAGCCAUAGCUCAACGCAACCUCGCGUUCUCUUUGCCGGGAGCUUGAGGGGCAUCAAGGCGCACAAUGUGACAAGCUUGGCGUGGCGGCAACAUGGGGCUCUUCACAUCGCUCCGGCUCUUCCACCAGACGGCGGUGGAUUGAAAAUAGAGAGUGUCAGCGUUGAGAGGCCGGGCGUGCCGAUUUCACAGCGGGCAUUGCAAACAUACACCACGGAAUUGUUUACAAAGUUCCUGCCCGACAUCAAUGAGGAGUUGGGGAAGUUCGCUUUCGUCCUGCCGCGCUCCUUGGCCCAGUUCGUCAGAUGCAAAUCGGCCGAACAGAGCGGCCAGCCAGUUUGUGGCAAUUUCGCCUUGCGGCAGCUGAAGGGCAUGCAGGGCUACCUCGAGUUCACGGAUUUCGAGAGCGACCCAGUGAUGCUUGCCUCACGGAAAGAUCCCUUCACUGGGAGCUUCAAGGUGGCGCUGCUGGGCCUUGCGAUUCUGGCUUGGCACUUGCUGGCAGAAGGCUUCGGAAAGGCGUGGCUCCUCUCGUUCAUGUCGUUUGCACUGCUGCUCCUGCUUUUUGCAGCCUGGGGCCCAGGGGGCCCAGGCAUGUGGAGCUGGCAUGGCCCCUUCGCAGACUUCAGCGUGGCAAACUUUCAGCAUUUUGGCCUGCAACGCCCCGAAAGCGUGGUCAGCAAGUUGCAGGAACACUUCGGAAAGGAAGAGGGCCGCUUCGAAGAUGAGCUUUUUGAAGAGAGCCGCUUCGAAGAUGAGCUUUUUGAAGAGGGGGGCUGCUGCCGGGAGGAAGAGGAGCCGAUGGUCGAGGAUCCCAUCGACGAUCAGCCCAAAGACGUGGAGAAGGAGUUUGCAGUGCAGAAGGAGCUUGCUCCUGGAAGCGGGAGCGCGAGCGCAGCGGCAAAGGCAGGCCCAGGACCGUCUUCAGCCAUGAGAAGGACGCUCGCCGUGGUGCCCGCAGAUCUUGAGGCCGCUCGCGCUCCAAGGGGGGCAAGUCUGCAGCUGGCAAGCGUGCUGGCAGAUCGAUCCGCAGAGGGCAAGCCUGCCGGCAAAGAUGGCAAGGGUGGCAAACGUGGCAAGCCUGGCAAGGCUGGCGAGCGUGGCAAGGGUGGCAUGGUGCGCCUUCCGCUCAGGCCGCAGCGUGCAGGGCAACGGCAGGUAUGUGUCUGGUGGCUGGGAGUCUGCAGAUGGGCAGUUCUUUCCGUUUGGCUAUGGGAGAGCCCGAGCUUGCGGCGGUGCCGGCGGAGUGGAAGCUGCUCGAUGGCAGGACCUGGCAGCUGUGGCCAAGGCUGCCAUGGAGGAGCGAUGCCGCAAUUAGGCAAAUUGCAUCACGCAUGCACCAUGCGCUAUAUCAGAGCACGCCGAGCCUGA